CGCCCCUCCCCUCAGUCAAGAUGGCGGCGCUGAGGGCGGCGGGGGCGGUGCUGCUGCGGCCCCGGGCCGGGCCGGCCCCGGCCGUGCUGGGCUACCACAAGAAGGUGGUGGAUCACUACGAGAACCCGCGCAACGUCGGCUCCCUCGACCGCAAUUCCAAGAACGUGGGUACCGGCCUGGUGGGCGCUCCGGCCUGCGGCGACGUCAUGAAGCUGCAGGUGGAAGUGGACGAGAACGGCAAGAUUGUGGACGCUCGCUUCAAAACGUUCGGCUGUGGCUCAGCCAUCGCCUCCAGCUCGCUGGCCACGGAGUGGGUCAAAGGGAAAACGGUUGAUGAAGCGCUGAAAAUCAAGAACACAGAUAUUGCCAAGGAACUCUGCCUUCCCCCUGUCAAACUGCACUGCUCCAUGCUGGCUGAAGACGCCAUCAAGGCCGCCUUGGCCGACUACAAACUGAAGCAGGAUCCAAACAGAGAAUCCGACAAAAAAGCCGACAAAAAAGCCGACAAUGCCUGAACUGCCUGCGCAGCUUCCCCUCCUCACUCCCUCCUCACUCUGCAGUGCAAUUCCCGAGCUGUUGUAGGACCCUGUGCACUACUCAAGCUGUAAGAUACGCACAAGUUACGCACAACGUGUCCCUGUGGUGUCCAGGCACCCCCUAGUGCUCACCUGGAUGGGGCUGCUGUCCCCUCGGGAAUGCCGCGGGAAGACUCCGCUCCGGAGACCAAACCCCGCUGUCCGGUACUGCAAGGGCUGCACUUUUCAUUUUUAUUUUGGGAAGAUGUCUAGUUUUGCCUAAUAUCUUAUGGAAUUUAGUGGGAA